GCUCCGACCCGAUCCGUUUGCAGCCCUAGUUUUCCUGGGCAACAAUAGCAGCGGCGACUUUGAGCGGAUAUAUUGUGUGGCGACUGGAGAGGGAGCACAGAAGGGCCGACGAAAAGAGUAGCGGAAGGGUGCAGAGAUGCCGUGCCUCAAUCUUUCCACCAAUGUAAGCUUGGACGGAGUCGACACCUCCGCCAUCCUCUCGGAGGCCACCAAAACGGUCGCGAAGCUCAUCGGCAAACCCGAAGCCUACGUAAUGAUAGUACUGAAAGGAUCAGUACCGAUGUCCUUUGGAGGUACUGAACAGCCAACUGCUUAUGGCGAAUUGGUUUCGAUUGGUGGCUUGAAUCCUGAUGUAAACAAGAAACUGAGUGCUGCUAUUGCAUCGAUUUUAGAAACUAAGCUGUCUGUUCCCAAGUCACGGUUCUUUCUCAAGUUUUAUGAUACAAAGGGUUCAAACUUUGGGUGGAAUGGUUCUACUUUCUAGGUUCUGUGUUUGCCCAGUCUGUUACAUUGUGUUGGAAUGCACAUGCUAUGAACAACAUGUCUGUUAUGAACUUGAGAUUUUAGCUGGUUUGGCCAGUUAACUGUGGUGUUUUGCUGUUCAUCAUAGCUACUUGGAAGAACAUCAAGUUCCCAGUAUCAUGAUCAUCUUUAUCUGGACUAGUGGUGUUGAUAAAUACUGGAUUCUGCAUGAUUUCUAUUUCAACUGAUCGUGUCUUUGGUUAUGCUAAA